AACAUUCCACCUAGACAUGGCAUCUAAAAACGAAUUGCUAUCACUUUCACUAUCACAUAUGAAUAACGUUCUCAUGAACACUCCUUGUAAAGCCGGCAAUUAAACAAUGGGCGUACUAGAGCUAGACUUUGGACCCAAAACCCAUUGAAAGGUCAAUAACUGUCAACUGAACUGGUUGUAGUUAUUUGAGAAAUUGCAAAUGCCGAAUAUGGACAAUAGACCUUCCCCUACCUUCAUUCUCGUCUUCCGGCAUGAGAAAUUGUGGAAGAAACAGAUCAACUACCGUCAGUCGAUCGGAAUUUAACUUAGACCCGAAAUAAAUUCCUGCGAGGUCAGACGGGCAAAAUCAUAACCCAAACGGUUAUGAUGGAAAUGAAAAAUGAGAGGGACGAACUGUUGCAAAAGCAAAAAACUAUGGACUACGACAUACUCGACAAAAUUUUGGACGGUAUAGGUGAUUUGGGGAGUGAACAAGUGAAGGCUUUUGCCUUGAUAUGUUUGUGUAUGGUUUUGUACUCCGCGACUCAUGUUGCCUAUGUGUUUACAGCCAUGGACCUAGACGUCAGAUGUCUAGUGCCAGAAUGCGAUGGCUCAAGUCCCAAGUACGACCCUUGGUGGUUGUCAAACGCAGUACCCUUCGAUGACGAUAACAAGCCCGAAAGAUGCAGCAUGUACGCCCAUGUGAACACCAGUGGCGUCGACAAUUGCACGGCAAACGCUUUCGAUAUUAACCACAUUGUAAAAUGCAAUUCCUAUGUAUUCCAGAACGAUGAACAUUAUUUAGGAAGAGAAUUCAACAUGCUAUGCAAUGAUAGCAAGUGGAAACUGACGUUGGUCGGUACUUUGAACACAGUGGGAAUGUUUUUUGGUUUGCUGAUCACUGGAGUUAUAUCAGACAAAUACGGCAGAAAAUUUGUACUUUUGGUAGGGAUAUCUUCUUGCGGAGUUGUUGGGGUUAUCAAGGCCUUCUCACCCACCUUCGAAUGGUUCUGCUUCUUUGAAUUCUUGGAGGCUGUCUUAGCGGCUGGAAGUUAUGGAUGCGGUUUCAUUUUGGGGGUGGAGUUGGUCACGCCGAAGAAAAGGGCGCUGACUGGCUGCAUAUCAUGUUGUUGUUAUGCUCUUGGCGAAGUCGUCAUUGCAGCGGUUGCUUGGGCAGUCAUGGAUUGGAAAAUGAUCUUGUACCUAGUUUACGGACCUUCUAUUUUCGUCAUAUUCCUGUGGUGGACCAUCCCAGAGUCCAUCAGGUGGUACCUGAGCAAAGGACGUAUAGAAGAGCCUAAGAAGAUCCUUAGAAGAUUCGCCCAGGCCAACGGGAAGCAGAUAUCCGAAGAGUCGCUCGACAAGCUCAAGCUGAUCCUCAAGGAGCAACAGGAACUACACGAGUCCGUCUCUUUCUUGGACAUGCUCAAGUCGAUGCCCCUCUUCUUGAGAUUCUUGAAUUGCAGUUUCUGCUGGGUUACCUGUGCCUUUCUCUUCUACGGCAUGACCUUGAAUUCCGUGACGUUAUCUUCGAACAGCUAUCUCGAUUUCAUUUACAUCUCCCUGACCGAAAUACCGGCUUAUUGCUGUUCCGUUUACAUCGCCAACAGGAUCGGCAGGAAGUACUCCAUGUCUUUAUCCUACGCCCUCACUGCUGUUUCCUGUUUCGCCUUCAUAUUCGUCAAUAAAGAUACAGGAUGGCUCCACAUAUUGGUGUACUGUCUAGGUAAGUUCGGAGCAACAUCAGCCUUCAUACUUAUUUACGUAAUGGCCAGUGAAGUUUUCCCAACUUCUUUGAGGCACACGACGAUGGGGGUUUGCUCCAUGAUAGGCAGAUUGGGGUCCGUGGCUAGCCCUCAGAUUCCCCUGUUGAGUGACCUUUGGAAACCUCUUCCUCUUGUUUUAUUCACUUCUCUGGCGGCUGUGUCAGCUUUGAGUUCCUUAUUGUUUCCGGAAACCCUCAAUUUGAAGCUACCCGAUACGAUUAAGGAAGCUGAGAGGAUAGGAUCCAAGUCGACAAACAACGAACAAUGAAAAGUAUUAUUUUAUGUCCUAGAAUAAUUGUAGAUAAAAUAUAUUUUUUUAUUAUU